AACUGACAGUAACAACAUUGUCAGAAGUUAAAUCCGUAAAAAGUUCAGUUCUUGCUGCCUAGAGAAACAGACCAAGGAGGCUCCUUGACGUUGACCCUACUCGAGCCUAUUUGCUCCGUCCAGUCAUCGUGUUUGGCUUCGUUAGGAUGGAUGAGAAGACGGCAAACAAUAUGUUUGGCCAAGACAAUAUUUAGCUUUCUGUGCAGAGUUUCUCAUCCGUCCGAAAGCAUCGCUUCCCAUCGUUCUGGAAUGAGAAGAAUCAAUAUUUGAGGAGGCCUUUUGAGGCGCUUCUGGUGGAGACCGCUAUAUAAACGCUAGGAAUCCCCAGAGAUCCGGACGCCACCAAGGAGACACCAUGAAGACGCUUAUCUUUGCCAUCGCCUCCCUGGGGCUGCUGACAGACUCAGUGUUUGCAAGCAAUGCCAUCCAGCUGAUUAACAAGGACAACCAGGGGAGCACGGUCUACCAGACGGUCAACAUCAACCACCACACCAACGUGGCCGCCUUCAACAUCUACGCCGGGCCCCACUCCAGCAACGCCAUCGUGGACUACAACAGCGGCAUGAUCGCCUACCACAUGCCUUACAAGAGGAUAUGCGUCGUAUCUCGGAUGAACCGGAAUAACUUCCCAAAUAUAUCGCAGCUGGACCAAAUGACCAAUGAGGGCCACCCGAUCCACUCCAUUAGCAGAAGUUAUGGGAUUUCUCGCCAGCUGGUCUCCAACGUGGCCACCCUCGGGGCCCCGAUCCAGGCCAUUUGCAGAGGCUUGACCACCUACUGGGCUACGGAAUACCCAAGGCCGCCUCCAUUAGUGGGAGGCCGGGCUUGUGCCGGGAUCAACCUCCUCAUCCUGAACGUGAACUUGUGCGGCGGAGUCUCCGUCUUCUAGCCGGACGAAGCGCCCGCCUCGCCCUCCGGUCCUCUCCAGACUCCGAGUCAGUCGGGCUGCGAAUCCGCUCCGGGGUUUAUUGAUUCGAAACAUUCAAAAGCCACUUUUUAAGAUUCAGCCCAUUGGGCAGCCCCGUGGAGUUCAACCAAUUCCAGGGUUUCUCAUUGGAUGAGUUUGUUAAAGUUCGGACUAAAACCCAAACCGGACUCUAAAGACUCCAAUCACUAAAAUUGUUAUUUUUACCAUGUUUGGAUAAAUCCAUUAAAGUUCGGACUAAAACCCAAACCGGACUCUAAAGACUCCAAUCUCCAAAAUUGAUCUUUCUACCCUGUUUGGAUAAAUCCAUUAAAGUUCGGACUAAAACCCAACCCGGACUAAAAAAAAUUAAUGAGACUAACCUGUUUUUUUUUUUUCCUAAUUGAACAGUUUCAUUAAAGUUUGGACUCGUUCCCAGUCCCAUUAAAGUUUGGACUAAAACCCAACCCAAAGUUAAAAACUUCAAUCUCCAAAAACGUUUUCCCCUCCCAAUAGAAUGGCUUCAUUAACGUUCGGGCUAAAACCCAAAACCAAACUUAACGACUUCAAUCACCAAAACUGUUUUUCACCUAAUUGAAUGGCUUCAUUAAAGUUUGGACUAAAACCCAAAGCGGACUUAACAACUUCAAAAUGUUCUUCAAAAUGUUUUUUUUUCCUCCUCUUUUGAACAAACUUGUUGGUUUAAAAUAAUCUAAAAGAAUGUUAAUCUGUUAUCUAUUGGAUAAAAUUAUUUACAGUUCGGACUAAAACCCAAGCAAACUCCAAAGACUAAGAUUUCCAAAAUAUGUUUUGCUCCUAUUUUUGAAUGAUUUUUUAAAUUAUAUUUGUUGGAUAACUUUGUUAAAGUCCAGACUAAAAACCUACAAUGUCUAAAAUAGUUUUUUUUUCUUAUUGGAUAAAUUUGUUAAAGUUCGGACUAAAACCCGGAGCGGACUCCCAAACCCCACUGACCUGGAAGCCUUUCAAAGAAAUGCAUGAAAAGGCCAGAGACUUGCAGACUCGCAUUGCAAACACUGGGCUUCUCUGUAACUACUUUCUUUCUUGGACGGAGUAACUAUGGUGUGUAAUGGAACUACUUUAAAGGUUAACCAUUAAAUUGUAUUUUCUUCCCAAAUAUGUCAUGGAAAUCAAUAAAAAACAUAUGCCAA